CGGGAGCGAAACUAAUAUCAACAACAUGGAGGACUGUUGGCUAAAUAGUUACGACGAAAUGUGUUUUUAUUUAACCUUUAGUGGCUCAACAGAUUAAAUUCUUAUGGAGAUGGGCUGCCUUAAGAAAAUGAAGAUCUAAGGAUAGAAGGAUGCACAUCAAGCCCCGCUUUCACCGUAUCCAUGGCACGGCCGUGGUGCUUUCAGAAGACCAGACUGUGGCCACCAGAAAGGAACACUUCUGCAAUGGAAUUGCCUUUAGUUCCCAACCAGUUAAGAUCAACGAAAAACUCUGCAUUGAAGUGUCACACAGGUCUGAAUGGAGUGGGGCGAUACGGAUAGGCCUGACCUCGAAUGACCCAGCAAAACUGAAUCCCGCUUCCCUUCCUCGUUAUGUAUGUCCAGAUCUGACAAAUAAACCAGGCUACUGGGCAAGGGGAGUUAGUGAACAGUAUGCCAAGAAUGGCAACCACAUUACAUUUUACAUCAAUGAAGAGGGGCAGUUGCAUUAUUUUGUCAAUAAUGAACAUCGUGGAGUGCUGCUUAAUGCCUUGCCCACAAAUAUACCUCUUUGGGUUGUAUUUGACAUCUAUGGGAACACGGACUCUGUCAAGUUCAUCACUCCAGAUGAAACUCCUGUGGAGAUCAUUGCCAGAGGCCCUGAUGCCAUGCAAGCCUUUCAGAAAGCCUCAGAAUCUGGAACACAGCCAUUGUUUAGAACCAGACUGAUGCUUUUAGGAAGAGAUGGAGUAGGAAAAACAAGCUUAAAGAAAGCUUUGAUUGGACAGAGACAUGACACCAGUGAACAGAGCACUGACGGCAUUGACCUAUCUGCUUCCUGUAGUUUUAACUUACGUGAUAGGAAGUCAUGGCAACUGGCGAUUAAAGGAGGCAAAGAGGAACUGGAGCAGGGGGGAGAAAAGGCACAUGAUCUAGAAGAAGAAUAUUACCAGGCCUUGGCAACUAAUAUAGUUCAAGAACUGUUGUACAAGAAAAAACAAAGAGAAAAAGACAGUAAUGAAAAAGCAAGUCAAUCAGACAAUAAACGAAACAACAAGCUUCGUCCAGAGUCAAGAGGGGAAAGGCGUAAAAGUAAAAACUCUGGUCUUGCCAGUAGUGGCAACAGUCCAGGCACAGGGGGAGGAGACUUCUCCCUGCAGGAAGAGCUGUUGAAGGAGAUGCCAGAGAGAGUGGUACAGUUAGUACAGGAGAAGUGGAAGGAGAAACAAACUAACCAGUCCACAGCACCUACAGCAAACACCCCCAGUACUGCUGGCAAGAAUAUUAUUCUCAACAUAUGGGACUUUGCUGGUCAGGCUGUUUACUACACAACGCAUCAGGUUUUUCUGUCCUCAAGAGCAGUGUAUGUGAUUGUGUUCAACCUGUGUUUAGAUCUGGAUGCACCUGCUAAAAUGGUUGUAGAAGGAGAGGAAGAGCAGUCUCAGGGUGCGGAAAAUGAGCUGUCUAAUCUAGGCUACAUGGACUUUUGGAUGAGUUCUAUUCAUGCCCACGCUGCCCAGAAUACCAGAAACAGUGUGGAUAACAUGACGCUGUCGCCACCUAUACUUAUAGUAGGAACCCACCGAGAUAGCCUAAGUGACAAUCCAGAGGAGAGGCAAAAAUUGGUGGAGGAGAAGUUCAAGAGAAUACGUGAAAUCCUCAUGAACAAAUCAUACCAGAGACAUGUUGUGAAUCUUACAUUUGCCGUGGAGAACAACCUUCCUGAAGGGCAGAAGGAUGAGCAGCUAAUCCAGCUCAGACAGUACAUAGAAGAAGUGGCCAGUAGGGAGCCCUACAUGGGAGAACAAAUGCCAAUCAAAUGGCUGAAGUUUGAACAACUGGUGGAAAAGUUGGUGGAGCAGGGGACCAAUUUUGUUACUCUGGAGCAGAUCCGUGAGGUGGCCAGUGAUGCAGGGAUCACCAGUGACAGUGAGCUGAAGACAGUGCUGGAGUUCCACCAUGAUCUUGGUGUUAUCAUAUACUACGGUGAAAUGGCCACACUGGACAACACCCUGAGAAACACAGUGAUACUGAAGCCACAGUGGCUCAUUGAUAUGUUCAAGAGGGUCAUCACAGUGGUGGAGAAGAAGGAACAGUGGGGCGUGUAUGUGGAUUCCUGGAACAGACUAGAGCAUGAUGGAGUGCUGGAGGGAAGACUAAUAGAUCACAUGUGGAAGGAUUAUCUGGACCAGAAACCUGCCUUACUGGGACUCAUGGAAAAGUUUGACCUCAUUUGCCCAUGUCUUCCUCCAAAACAUCAAAGCCAAGAAAACUCGACAAACCCUCCAGAAGUAUAUUACGUGCCUUCAUUACUCAAAAAGUGUCCUAUAGGCUCAGACAAUCUUUUCAUUGUUAAAGAAAAAGAUGUUGUGUUCUACCUAGAUUUCAAUGGGUUUUUACCUGACGGUUUAUUCCACCGUCUGUUAACGCGAGCCUCUCGCUGGUGCCAGGAGUGUGGAGGAAUCAUGCCCAAGUUAUACUACAGGAAGGCCCGCUUUUAUCUGGACAGUGAGCAUGACUUCAUACUGGAGAUGGAACCCAUGCUCGUGGCUAGGAUAAAGGUUUGUGUUCUGAGAGUGGCAGAGCUGGAAGAUUCAGAUGUGUCUUCACUUGGAACGCAGGGAGAAAAGGCACUUCCUGCACCAGAUAUCACAGCUACAGCCAAGGUUCGGAAUUUUCUGGACUCCUCAUUAUCUGACCUUAGGGAAAUGUGGAUGAAAAGAAUUUCAUACAAAGCAGUAGUAGAAUGUCACUGCGAAAAGAAACAGAAAGUGCAACACUUUCUAAACCUGGAUGAGUGCCUGUCCAAUAAAAUUGUGUGCUGUGAUCAUCGCAGAAUCAAAACUAAUCAAUACAGAAAGUGGUUUCCUAGUCCAACACGCAUUGUGAAAGAAGGGCCUAUCCUUCCAGAGAGUAUCACGGAGGAGGGGGGUCUGACUUAUAUCCACAACCUAGAGGUGCAGAAGGGAAGCGAGCUGCCCUCAUGGGUCAAAGGUGCUGCAAAAUUGCUCAAUGGAGGAUCAGAGGGAAGAGACUGGACUGCCUUGGCUAAAAGAUUAGGUUACAAGAAGAACAAGAUAGAAAUGUUCAAUAAUGACUUGAACCCCGCCCUUUCCCUGCUGACUGACUGGAUCAUUAGCAGUGGGAACACAGCCCUGUCUGUUGACAUGCUGGUCACUUACCUGGAACAGAUGCACUGUGAUGAUGUUGUGGACAUUAUAUUGAAAGGAUCUAGAAGAAGAAUAUUACCAGGCCUUGGCAACUAA